UUAAUUCUGUCAAGAUACGUGACGCAAGUGGCCAACAUGCACAUUUUAAUUUACGAUUACAUCUAUUCAGAGAGAGGUGUCGCGUGUUUCACCCCAUGUGAGUGUUGUGGGCGGGCAGCAGAGUUCCCCGGUGCUGCUCCCUGCCGGAGGCUUCACCAGCCGCUGCAAAAACGUGAUGGUAUGCUAACGUGGAGUGUGUGGGCAACACCACUUCAUUAUCAGCUUUCUCGACGUAGAGAGAAGGCGUCCACUCCGUGGACAGAGAGGAGCUUCUUCCUUUCAGCUUCUUCAAGGAAGGACCACGCUGAAGACCUUCACUGCCAGACCCAUGACCGCCUGCACCACGAGGUUUCACACGAGACCUGCCUCCUGGACCAGGUUCUAGAGCUGAUUAUGAGCGAGAAGCCCCCGCCGACCAGCAUUAGUCUUUUCCUGAACGAGGACGCGGACAAAGCCGCCGCGCCCGAGCCAUCAGACUUGAAAAGACGAAUUUGUGCGGCCAUGGAGAGGAGAGCGAGCAUCAUGAAGGAGAAAAUAAGCUCCGUCAGCAAGGAGAGCAUCAAAGACUUCCUUAAAAGAAAUCUUUUUGUUUUAUUCACCGUUGCUGCUGUGGCUCUGGGCAUCGUCUUGGGCUUCGCUCUGCGCUCCCAUAACUUGUCCUUGAGAGAGAUCAAGUACUUUUCCUUUCCUGGGGAGCUGCUGAUGAGGAUGCUCAAGAUGCUGGUGCUGCCUCUGAUCAUCUCCAGCCUCGUCACAGGAAUGUCCUCCUUGGACAGCAAAGCGACCGGUAAAAUGGGCGUGCGUGCUGUGGUCUACUAUAUGGUGACCACCCUGAUCGCUGUCUUCAUCGGCAUCGUCACUGUGAUUAUCAUCAAGCCCGGUAAAGGCAGCAGGGACAGCCCUGUAGCCAAGAGCAGAAAUGUGGAAAUGAUCCAGGCUACAGAUGCCUUUUUGGACCUCAUCAGGAACAUGUUUCCACCCAAUCUUGUCGAAGCUUGUUUCAAGCAGUACAAAACCAUGUACAAGAGGAUUGUGCAAACGAGGAACGUGACGGAGAACCUGAACCUCACUGACAAUGCGAUCAAUACGACGGACGCCAACGUGAACCUCAGCAGGGUGCUCCACACCAUCCAGGAGACAUUGGAGGAGACGGUACCCAUGUCGGGCUCUUCUGAUGGUGUCAACGCUCUGGGUCUGGUCUUCUUCUCCAUGUGCUUCGGUCUGGUCAUCGGCAACAUGAAGCUGAAGGGUCAGGCCCUCAGGGACUUCUUUGACUGCCUCAAUGAAGCCAUCAUGAGGCUGGUGGCCAUUAUCAUUUGGUAUGCCCCGGUGGGCAUCCUCUUCCUGAUAGCGGGCAAGAUUGUAGAGAUGAAGGAUUUGGCAGAGAUGGGUGGCCAGCUUGCGAUGUACACCAUGUCGGUCAUCGUGGGCCUCCUCAUCCACGGGCUCUUCGUGCUGCCGCUGCUCUACUUCCUGGUGACCAGGAAGAACCCUUACAGCUUCAUCGGCGGUCUGCUGCAGGCGCUCAUCACCGCUCUGGGAACCUCUUCCAGCUCUGCUACUCUGCCUAUCACUUUUCGCUGCCUGGAGGAAAACAACCGUGUGGACAAACGGGUGACCCGCUUUGUUCUCCCCGUGGGCGCCACCAUCAACAUGGACGGCACCGCCCUCUACGAGGCCGUGGCGGCCAUUUUUAUCGCCCAAGUCAAUGACAUGGACCUGAACUUUGGCCAGAUUCUCACAAUCAGUAUCACGGCAACCGCUGCCAGCAUCGGAGCAGCAGGCAUCCCUCAAGCUGGCCUUGUUACCAUGGUGAUUGUAUUGACAUCGGUGGGACUGCCCACAGAGGACAUAACACUCAUCAUCGCCGUGGAUUGGUUCCUGGACCGGUUGCGUACCACCACCAAUGUGCUGGGUGACUCCCUCGGGGCGGGCAUCUUGGAACACCUCUCUCGUGACGAAUUGCAGAAUCGGGACGAAGAGGUGCGCAACUCCGUCAUCGAGGAAAACGAGAAGCCUUACCAUCUUAUCUGCCAGGACAAUGACAUCAUGCGCAACCACAACAGCGACACCACAAUGUGACCACUGAAAGCUGGCACCCGGCAAUGUCUAAAUAAUGAAUAAUUAUGUAGGCUGCAUAUCAUUCCAAUUACUCAUCCAUCGGCAAUUUGCUAAACGGCAGAAACAAUAAGUCAUCUUUGUGACGCACUACACAUCUGAAAUCGAACUUUAACUACCUGACUAGCAGGUGCAGCACCCAGGGAUUCUUGCGGGGGUGUCACAUAAGACAUGUUUGUGAAUCUAGUCUUCGCUAGGCAUAAAUAAGCUUCUUGUUUUGGUAUCUUGGGGGCAGAGUGCUGCGCUGCCCCACAGAGAAGAGAAAGGACAGAGCAAAGCGGUAGGGUCAAAGGCUCACGCAAAAGCAUACACACGCAAAAUAUGUAUUAGGAGGAAGGCUACACUGAAAAGAUAAAAAAUAGUCAAAUUAGGUCAGAAGCUUCGAAAAAUGAUGUCACUUGUAAUACGAAAAAGUUCCGUAAAAAAGGUGCAAUAUUACAACACAGAAAAUUGCAAUAAAAAUAGUCAAAUUGUUGUGGAUGUGCGAAAAAAAAAAUUAUGAGCCUCAUAAAGUAUUACAGUGUAACUUAACAAGGAUACAUUUGUAAUCAUAAUUUGUUUUGACGUAUUACAUUUUUACUCUGACAAAAAUACGGCUUUAUUCUCCCAAUUGUAUCAAUUUUCCAAUUGAAUCUGUAAGAAACCAGCAUUCUCCACAAUUUCAGAUACACACUUCUGUCCUUUUACUCCCGAGUAUUUUCUUUUCGUUGAUUUAUGUUCCGCACGAAGGGAAACACACGAGCUUUUUUGUUGUUGUGUAAAAUUCGCAAAUGGUCACUAGCUCCGCUGCAUUGUUAUUAUUUCUCCAGGUAUUCAGUUUUGCGGAACCUCCAAAGUGGAGCACAGUCCUUUGUGUGAUGCUGAUGAACUUCCAAAUCAUUCGAAUUCCAAAACAAUGUGCCCACUUAAGCGAUGAUGUAAAUAGAAAAAAAAACAUUUCUUACCUCUGCAGUCAACCAAGGUUGGACUCCAAAUUGUACCGAUUAUGGUUCAUUCCACAUUGGAGGUUCCACUGUCUGUCAUGAAUCAUCAAGACUACCUCUAAUAGAACUUGGACACAGUGAUUGUGCAUAUUGUAUCUCUCCUUUUCUGAUGUUAAGUUUGCUUACAUGCUGUAAAUGUAUAAAAGUGAACGCGCUUGACUGUUAAACACUGGACUUUGCUACAUAUCGUUUUAAGUUCUAGUGACUUACCAAGGUGUGUCCGCUUAAUGCCUUCUUGUGAAUCUGAAUAUUUUUUGCUCUACUACUUUUUAAGACUGUACUGCUGUGAACUCGUUUAAAUUAAAUACACGCAGGUAUGAAGUUUUUCAAGAAGCACAUUAUUUUAAUGUUAUUUUAUGAGCUUGUGUUCAUGUAUUAAUUUGAUGGGGAAAGGAUGUAGUAAUAUUUGUCAUUGUGAAGAGGUACUCCAGUGUAGAGAGCUGAAUGUGCAGUAGUUUCAUGCUUUAUUUGUGUGAUGAACGCUUCACACGUGAAUGGAACAAUUCAGAAAAGUAUGGUGAUGUGGGCUUUAGUUUGAAAACGUUUAAUGUAAUUUAAGUGACAGUGGUGUUUCAGGAAUUGAUGGCACAAUGUGGUGAAAUAAAUGGCUCAGGAAUUAAAAGUUGGUCAUCAUCGUGGUGUUUGUGGCUACCCCUGGUGGAGGAAAUUCUCCCGUCUUGGGUGAAAGUUUUUGAUAUGAAAUGGAUUCAUUAGAAUUAAUUCAUAAUUGACAUCUUACAGGUAUGUUUGCACUUUGUGUUUCUUUGUUCUACUUCUGGUUACGUGAUAGCUUGCUAACUGCGCUAUGUUGAAUUGAGCGUCAUGUAUUUCUACAGAAUGAUUGUAAACACCGUUUAGAGCAUUGUUAAAUAACAACACUAAUAUGAAUUAGGUAGGCCUAUGUGUGUUAUUUGCCACUGAAUGAUUCUUUUAAAAAAUGGUCAUUCAAUGAGCCACAUUCAGGAAGCGUGCAUUUUGAAUAGCGGAGCAAUCGCCCUUUUCCGUGUUCCACUGUGUUCACGUUUUUCAUCUUAUCACUUUAAAACUCUUAACAUUGAUGUCGAAGAGGUGUCUUGGUUUUAAUCACGUCUUUGAAAUUUCUCCAAAGGCUCUGUCAAUAUUUCCCCAAUUUGUAGUUGACAAACCCCUUUAAAAAAAUUGUAAUUGAGUAGGGCCAUUCUUGAAAUCCAAAUGGCCAGUUUAUAUAUUUUAAAUAAAUUGUUUGACCUAAAGGCACAUUUUUUUAAUUCUUACAAUUAGUCAGGUCCGUUGAGAUAUUACUCUUACCUGGUGUGAUGGCUCAUAGUUUCUGUGGCUUCCAAUGAUAUUUUAUUGAAAUUUAUCAACUACAAAUGCCUCCUGGAUGUGACAUAGCUGUUCUUUGAAAUGAAUAUCUACAACUCACAGUGUUUGUCCAUUUUUGUGUUGGUUUUUUUUUCCUAUGCAUUUUCUAUUGAAAACUUCAAUUUAAUAUUCACUGUAGUUUCACAUCAUGGUGAUUUUUGUUUUGAUGAGAUGUAUCUGUUUUGCGUGGUGACUGAUAUUGCUUAACUUAUAAAUUAGAAACAAUUGAAAUCUCAUAUAUUGUCUGUUUCUGUGUUUAACAAACUUUCCAAUGAUUGAUGUCUUGUGAGAAUAAAGACAAAUAAAGUUAUGGAAAUUUGUA